AUGCUAGACACCGGAAAAGUCUUAGUUGCUGGUGGAUAUGGUCCCAGUGGUGAUUUGAACAGUGCAGAACUGUUUGAUUCAUCAACAGGAGUUUGGACAAAGACUGGCAACAUGACAGCUAGACGAUAUAUUUUCACAACAUCUGUCUUACCAAACGGAAAAGCCUUAGCUGCUGGUGGAUUUGGUGCUAUUGUCAAUUUAAAUACUGCAGAACUUUACGAUCCAUCAACAGGAGUUUGGACAAAGACUGGCAACAUGAGCUAUGGGCGCUACUAUCAUACAGCAUCGAUCUUAAACAACGGAAAAAUCUUAGUUGCUGGUGGCUAUACGCUUAAUGGCUAUUCGAAUAGUGCAGAAUUGUACGAUCUAUCAACAGGAGUUUGGACAAAGACUGGCAACAUGAGUGGUGAACGACGAGUUCACACAGCAUCGAUACUAAGUAAUGGAAAAGUCCUAGUUACUGGUGGAGCCAACUCCAAUGGCUCUAUGAUUACUACAGAACUUUAUGAUCCAUCAACAGAACUUUGGACCAAGACUGGCGACAUGAGUUAUGGGCGGUACUAUCAUACAGCAUCGAUCUUAAACAACGGAAAAGUCUUAGUUGCCGGUGGGUAUCGUUCUAGCAGUUUUUUGAAUACUGCAGAAGUUUACGAUCCAUCAACCGGAAUUUGGACAAAGACUGGUAACAUGAGUUAUGGACGGAGUUAUCAUACAGCGUCGGUAUUAGGCAAUGGACAAGUCUUAGUUGCUGGGGGAUAUAGUUCUAAUGGCGAUUUGAAUAGUGCAGAACUGUACGAUCCACUAACAGGAGUUUGGACAAAGGCUGGCAACAUGAGUUUUGCACGGCAUUCUCAUACAGCAUCGAUCUUAAACAAUGGAAAAGUCUUAGUUGCUGGCGGAUAUGAUUUAUUUCAGUAUUUUAAUAGUACAGAAUUGUAUGCUUGA